AUGAACAAAAUAGCAUCAAAUAUCAUUUAUAAUAUGUCUGCAAACGACAUAGUAAUCAGCGGAAUGUCCGGUCGGUUCCCGCUGUCGGACAACACCGACGAGUUGGCGAAGAAUCUGUACGAAGGCGUCGAUAUGGUUACCGGUGACGACACCCGAUGGCCUAUUGACUUGUAUGAUAUGAACCCACGUAUGGGCAAAAUCAUCGAGUUCAACCGAUUCGACGUAACCUUUUUUGGCCUCCCGGAUAGACUGACCAGAUGUCCAGAAAUGGCCUGGAUUGUCCCGGAAUGA